AUGGCGGAUGCACCAGCCAUUCUUGAAGGCAGUCAAGAACUCCUGCAUGAGGAUCCAAUCAGCACGGCGGAACAUCCCAUGAUCAUUCAGCAAAUUGGCGAGUCCAACGAGCAUCUCAUCAACUAUCACAUGCAUUCUUUCACGCUUGAUGAUGUAUAUUUCAGUCAGGAAUACAUGACCGAGCCCAGUGACAGCUCAAUCAACUACUCGGAGUACUUUCCCCAUGCAGCAGCGCAACCUGUGGGUCCCGAGUACGCCGUCGAGCACGAUGAUGACAUGAUUGAUGAGCGUCCCAUAAUCGGCAUCACAGCUGAGAUGAUGUUCAACGACAUAAAUGGAUAUUUGCACGUAUAUCAAUUUGUCAUGGAAGUGAUCAACAAUACAUAUCACAGGAAGCCUACCGCCCAAGGGUCACAGAGGCGAACCUAUCCAUCAAAGCAUGUGUUUCCCUUCGUUGCAAUCGGCAGACCAAAUUAUGUGUGCGCCGCAAGAAAGGCCAGGCCAAGCUUAAAGACACAGCACAAAUGGGCCAGCAUGACACAAGAAGAGGAGCAUACUUUUCUGAAGUUCCCAUUGACGCAAAUGGAGGAUAAAAUCGCCGAGUUCAUGCUCGCACAUACAAAGUGGAAGGGGUGGCUAAAGGACGACUUGAACAAGAUGGUAGACGAUGCGGUCAACGUCCUGAUACGCAUAGCCUAG